ACAACAACAACAACAAUGCGAAUAAAUUUACAACAGAGAAAAUUUCGUAUCGGUUUUAAUUAUAAUCCACCUUAUUCAGCGAUUAAGCUUAAUUCUCGAAGUUAUAAUGGUUUUGAAGAUGAAAUGUUCAAUAUAUUGGCCAAAUAUUUUAAUUUUACAUAUGAUUUAAUUAAUUUUAAUGGAGAAUAUGGUUUUAUAGAUGAUAAUGAAAAUUGGGAUGGUUUAAUUGGUGGAUUAAUUAAUAAUAUAUUGCCUAUAGUGGAAUUUCAUUGA